ACUGUACGGCUGCUGUCGUGGGCCGGGAAGAACAUCGAGCCCUACGGCGUCGACUAUAUUCUUCAGAGGCUCGGCUUCAGUCAGGCGCGGACAACGAUUCCCAAAUGGAUCCAACGCACGACAAUGGAUGGCUUCGACAAACUACUGGCGCUCACCAUGUUUGGGAUGUUAAUGAAGGCCAGGGAGGAUACCAAAGAUGGCAAUCAUCACAAUAAUCACUGAAAUAUUGUCCGCGUUAUCAGCAUUUAGUUCCCGUUUGUGAUUGGAUUCUGUAGUCAAUACCAAAAAGGAG